GGAUCCAAGUUCCCGCCAAUUGCAUGCGGGUCCCAGUCAGCCCUCUAGGCCGCAGCCCUCUUGACCUCAGUUCUGCUGUUCCAUUUCUUUUCGAUACUCGUGAGCCCCCACUAUUUAUUCCUUAUUCCAUUCUCUGUCAACUACCACGCUAAAGGACACGCCUCCGACUCGCGCACCGUAAGCAACGCGGGUGCAGCUGGGUCUCUGCGUCGGGCCCUCUUCAGAUUCUGAGACACCCAGCGUCAGCAGCAUUUACCGCGACGCCGGCAGGAUGCGGCUGCGCGUGGAGGCCCGCCGUCACGGAGCCAGCAGCUGGUUGAGCCUGUUUGCGCUUGCGCUGCUCGCGCUCCGCUCCACCGUCUUCGCUGCCGAGCAGGGGAGCAGCAGCAGCGGCAGCAGCGAAGGACCUGUCAGCAGCAGCAACGGUGCUGUGGUCAGCGCAAAGGUGCCCAGCACAUUCUACUUUACUUCACGGACCAUCAAUACCACCAUCACCGUCACGCCCGGCGAAGCCCCCGCCUCAUCUUCUCCGGGCCUCGCGCCUGCUCAGCAGGUCCAGCUUGCGCUCAGCUGGGAGGCCAGCCCCGCCUGCGACUCCGCACCCACCACCUUCAACAGCGUCGCCGACAUCCAGGGCCGCCUGUGGGGCCGCCUGGUCAAUGCCUCCGCCGCCGUCUCCGGCUCCGCCUCGUGCGCCUUCAAGGACGCUGCCAGCCAGCAGCCCGUGUUCAGCUGGGAGACGGCGCCGCGCUGCCCGGCCUCGCCCUCGCUUUUCGCAUCCGUGGCGGACGGCAAGGGCCGGCUGUGGGGCACGCUGCCCGGUGGAAGCAGCGUGCCCUGCGCCUUCAAAGCGGCGGACAGCGACCGCCCGCUCUACGACUUCCUCACCGCACCGGCGUGCGUGUCGCUGCCGGAGAUUGUGACCUGCGAGGCUGACGCCGCUGGCCGCCUGUGGGGCUGGGAGUCAGGCCGCGAGUGCGCUUUCAAGGACUACAACAACAACCCGCUGAGCCUGCCGCUGGGCGCCGCCGAUCUCAGCAACGUGCAUCCCGUCACGCCCGAAGAGAUGGUGGCGCGCGGCGCUGUGCCCACUGCCGCCUCGCUCACCUGGCGCGCCGCGCCCGCCUGCGCCGCCGCGCCGUCCAAGGCCGUGUCUGUCGCGGAUGGCCGCGGGCGGCUGUGGGGGUGGGAGGACUCCCACUCUUGUGCCUUCAAGAACGCCACCACCGCGCUGCCGCGCUACGACUGGGUCACUGCGCCGCGCUGCCUGAGCGACGCAGCGGACAACAACACGCACGCGGAUGGCGACGGCCGCCUGUGGGGUUGGGAGGCGGGCAGCUCAUGCGCGUUCAAGGACCUGCAGCAGCGGCCGCUCCGCACCUGGGCCACCGCGCUGCCCUGCCCCGCGGCGCCGCAGCUGACCACCGCCGUGCCCGACGCCUCGGGGCGGCUGUGGGGCUGGCUGGCCGGGGGCAUCGACUUCUCCUGCGCCUUCAAGGAUGCGAUGGGCGCGCCCCUGUCCUUUAACCCCAUCAACACCUCAGCCCCAACCACAGCAUCAGGCACGCCCUCCAGCAGCUCCGGCCCCACCAGCUCUGGUACCGGCGGUAGCAGCGCCACGGACUCUGGCGUGGAACCCACCGUGCAGAUCAUCAAUGCCGGCUCGCUGGCGGCCGGCGCCUACCUCGCCGCCACGCAGCAGUCCGGCGACCCCAACGCCGCUGAGGCCGCGGCGCACAGCUCUUCCGCCUCAGCAGGCGGCAGCAUCGGCAGCCCGCACGCCGACUCCGCCACGCCCUUCGCCAACAGCGGCCAUCGCCGCUCCGCGCUAGGGGCCUGGGGCCCGCACCUGCGCGGCGGCGAUGCAGCCGCCUCCCGCCACGCUCGGCACCAGCACCAGCAGCCACAAAAGCAGGCCUACGAUGCCGGUGGUUCCAUGGCCUUCCACACCGGCCACAGCAGCCUAGCCCAGUCCUCCGAGCUCGGCCGAGCCGACCAGGGCUCCGGCAGCCGACGCGCAGCUGAGGUGCAGCAGCAACCAGAGCCGCAGGUGCACCACCGCUACCGCCGCUCUCUAGGGCAGGACACCGAUCCCGCCACCUCCGGCUACCCCAGCUGCAGCGUCUAUCCCGCGCCGAGCGGCGUGCGUCAGGACAGCGCCGGCAGGCUGUGGUCCUCCGAGGGCGGCAAGUCCUGUGUGUACCGCACGAGCGACGGCCGGUCCGCCGCCUGGUUCGACGUGGCGCCCGCCUGCGCCGCCGACCCCAGCGACGCCAACAUCCACUCCACCGAUGCCCAGGGCAGGCGAUGGGGAUGGGAGAAUGCCAGGUCCUGUGCCUUCCGCGAUGCCAAAGGCCAGCCACGCGCAAAGCAAGAGCAGGUCUCGGCUGCUGCGGGCUCGCAGCAGCCGGAUGCCUGGUCAGCCGCGCCCGCGUGCACCAACGCCCGCACCUCCACCAACUCAAAGACCGACAGUGCGGGGCGGGCCUGGGGCUGGGAAAGCGGCAGGUCUUGCGCCUACCGCAGCACCCCCACCACUGCCGCCUCCACCUCCACGGCCAAGGCGGUCGCUUCUGCCGCCUCCACCGCUGUCACCACUGUCACCGCGGCGGCCGCGCCGUCCACGCCCACUAUCUACUCGGCGGGCGGCAGCGUAAGCAGCGCGCCCAGUUGCGGCUCUGCACCCACCAUGGGCACCUCGCAGCCUGACAACGUGGGAUACGUGUGGGGCUGGGAGAACGGCCGAGGCUGCGUCUUCCGCAAUUCAGAAGGAAUGCCUGUCUACUAUGCCGCCCUCAUCACCGGCGACAUGAGCGCGCAGCCCGGCUACGUGCCCAAAGUGGCCUCGGCCCAGGCCUGGUACGACGCGCCGCGCUGCUCCUCGCCGCCCGACUGGUCGUCCGCGCAGCCCGAUAGCGAGGGGCGACUGUGGGGCACCGAGGCGGGGACCGGCACGUGCGUGUUCAGGGACCAGCGCGGCUACCCGCUCUUCUACUCGGACCUGCAGAACGGCAACGUGGCCGAGUACUACAACGCCGGAUCCAAGUGGGACAACGCGCCCGCCUGCCCCGACUCGCCCACAUGGAGCAGCGCGCGGGCUGACAACUACGGCAGGCUCUGGGGCUGGGACUCAGCCGCAGGGUCCAGCUGCGCGUACAAGGACGCGUCGGGUGCUGCCGUGUACCCUCCCAAGGGCGCCAGCCGCUGAGGUGUGACUGACGGAGGGUCAAGGCCGGAGCACCUCGGAGCGAUUGGCGACCAAACGCAACGCGGCGAGCGAGGUAGCAGAGUUUCCUGGUGUUCUGUUGCUACGCAGAGUGUGUACUCUAUGUGCCCAUAUUAUUGCUUGAGGCGCGCGCUAUUAAUGCAGGAAAACGACAGCUGGUGCAAGUUGUUCACGUUUAGUGGACGGAAUGUAUGUAUGGCAGGGGUUAUAUGAUAUGGUCAUAGCGAGAGUAUGCAUUCAUGGCAUGCCUCAAUGGCCCCGCGGCCAAAUAAAGAAGCGGAGUGGUGCCAUCGCGCCACACAGGCAAGGCCAUAGGGUACGUGCCAAGCCCCAUUGGGCGUCUGUCAAGCUGGGCAUUGUAGAAGAAUAUGCUUUAAGCGGCAUCGGUGAACGUGGGGAAUUGAGGACAUGCCAAGGGUCGCGCUAAAGCU